GUAUUUAUAAGUGCUGCUAGAAGUUCAUAAAUUGCUUUUUGUAUCUUAAAAGUCAGAAUGUGUGAAUAUUGGUAACCAUGUAUGAAAGAAUGCUUCUUAGUUCAUAAAGUGCAAUGUGAUUAUAUAAAUUUUGGGGGUAUAGUAGUAUGAAUUUAGUAUUAUUUGUAAUGAUAUGUGAAAUAGAACUGGUGUAAAGAGUAAUUCUUGGUUAAUACAUUUCAUUAUGGAAUGAUUGCAUGGUAUAGCAUUAAAUGUGCAUUUAAAUUAUUAUUGUAGGAAGUCGGGAAACUAGAUUGCAGGCUACUAGGAAAGAAAAGGGAAAGAGAGUAAUGGACGCAACUGGGAAUGAAUCCGAAGACAAUAGAGUGAAGAGACAAAAGAAACAAAAAGAAGAAGAUAGUGAUGAUGAUUUUGAAAUACAACCAAAUCUUGGUGGUGUUGUUACAGAGGUGAUGUCAAAGAAAAAAAGUAUAAAACAAAUCAAAUCUGGCUAUAGGAGUAUACGAACCAGAUCAUCACCACAUGUAUUGGUUAAAGCUCUGAGUGCAAUGAAUGAAGCUCAGAAAGCAGAUGUAAAGAAAAUAGGAUUUGGUGCACUAUUUGAUCUGGUUGUUGCUGAAAUUCCUGGGAAGCUAGGAUUUUGGGUUACAGACUGCUUUGACCCCAAAAAAUGCUCAUUAGUGCUACCCAAUGGUACUUAUGUGCACAUAACAGAGGAGGAUGUUGCAAGAGUGUUGGGGUUUCCUUUGGGGGGAAAACCAAUUGUCCAAAAGAAGAAAAAUGAAGACUGUGCUUUGUUGAUCGAAUGGAGAGCAAUAUUUGACAGAUAGGACUCAAAGAUUAGCCCAUCAGAUAUUAGUGCAGCCAUGCUUAGCAAAACACAUGGAGGUGACUGGUUCAAGAGGCAUUUCAUUGUUCUAGUUGUAUCUUUGCUACUAGAUAGUUCCCAGAAUGGGUACGUGAACCCACUUAUAAUGAAUCAAUUGGAAGACGUUGACUAGAUACGUGAACUAAAUUGGUGUGAUCAUGUUAUUAAUUGUUUAAUUGAGAGCAAAGUUUCAUGGGAGAAGAAGAAAGCAAAGGUUGGAAGGACUUCCCCAGUUCUGAAAUGGUGGAACGGAAAGCUACUGAGAGAUAGAGAGUUAUUGGAAAUUGAGAGUGGCGGAUUUGGAAUGGGGUACUGUCAUGGGCCAAUGACAAUUGAAGAAUGUUUGAAGAGCAAUGAUUUGAACUCUGGAAAAAGAGAAAGAUGGGGAAGGUGGUAGUGGACUGGCUGAGGAAUUUGUCAUCAAAUUCGCGGAGAAAACCAAGCUAUUGGCAUCAACUGUGGUUGAUGUGAUCAACAUGUGCGAACAAGCUCUGAGAAGCUCAAUUGAAUCAGAAAAAUACAAAAAAAUGCAAGAAGCUACAGAACAACUGAUUGGUCUAGCAAAGAAGUAAUCAGUGGAGGAAGGUGGAGAAGUAACGGAUUUUAGAAGUAAUGCGGAGAUAGAAGAUGCUGCUUUUUGGGCAGAAACAAAUAGUGCGGUUGAAAGAGUUGAAAGAGCAAAUCUGAAGAAGACUAUGUACGCAAAAGGAAUGGAAGAGCUUCAUUCUUUCUCAAUUGGACUCACACAAGAAAAACCAAGCCAAUGGACAAGCAUAACGGAACUGUGUGCCGAGAUUGAUAGAGAAAUAAAUGAUCAUAUGGUUGAAGGAGAGGGUAAUAUGAGAAGUGAAAUAAAUACUGUUACUGAAGCAGUGGUUGAU